AUGCGAUUCUUCGCCCGUCUCCGCAACUGGGAGUUUCGUCAGUUGCCAGCAGUGCACCGCUGCACCCGCCCCACGCGUCCGGACAAAGCCCGGAAGAUGGGCUACAAGGCCAAGCAGGGCUACUGCAUCUACCGCGUCCGCGUCAAACGCGGCGACCGCAAGAAACGCGUAGCCAAGGGCAUCGUCUACGGAAAGCCCGUGAACCAGGGCAUCAACAAGUGGAAGGCGGUCCGGAACCUCAGGAACAUUGCUGAGGAGCGAGUGGGCCGAAAGUGUGGCAGCCUUCGCGUGCUGAAUUCCUAUUGGGUGGCACAGGACGCUGUUCACAAGUGGUUCGAAGUUGUGAUGGUGAAUCCGUUCCACAAGACCGUUCGAGACGACCCGCGGAUCAACUGGAUCUGCAAGCCCGUGAUGAAGCACCGCGAACUGCGAGGGCUCACCGCCGCUGGAAAGAAGGCGCGUGGCCUCCUCAAGAAGGGCAAGCGGGCCACGAAGCUCCGCCCAUCCUACCGAGCUGCCUACCGCAGGCACAGCCUCAUGCGCCUGCGGCGCUACCGCUGA